AUGCCACCAAGAGACGAUUGGGACAAAUACGUAGCCCCCUCCGAAGAAGACGAGAAGACAGAGAAGAUCGUCCCUUUGAGUGAGGGCGAUAUCCAAGUGUUGAAGACGUAUGGCAUAGCACCAUACGCAGCGUCUUUGAAGCAACUCGAGAAAGACUUGAAGACGAUUGAAGAAAGAAUAAAAGAGAACAUCGGCAUAAAGGAGAGUGACACUGGCUUGGCAGCCCCCCACUUGUGGGACGUGAUGGGAGACAAGCAGAGAAUGUCGGAAGAACAGCCUUUACAGGUGGCCAGGUGCACCAAGAUCAUUGAGGCCACCAACCCAACGCCUCUGAUUGGAGCUCUCCAGAACGCAGACAAUAAGUCCAAGUACGUCAUCAACAUAAAGCAGAUCGCCAAGUUCGUGGUGGGGUUGGGCGAAAGAGUUUCGCCUACAGACAUAGAAGAAGGCAUGAGAGUCGGGGUCGACAGACAGAAGUACGAGAUCCAAUUGCCCUUGCCUCCCAGAAUCGAUCCUUCCGUGACCAUGAUGACGGUGGAGGAAAAGCCUGACGUCACCUACAGCGACGUCGGUGGGUGCAAGGAACAGAUUGAAAAGUUGAGAGAAGUGGUCGAAUUGCCCUUGUUGUCGCCUGAAAGAUUCGUCAAAUUGGGUAUCGACCCACCAAAGGGUAUAUUGCUUUACGGCCCACCAGGUACCGGUAAGACCUUAUGUGCCAGAGCCGUUGCCAAUAGAACCGAUGCUACUUUCAUCAGAGUGAUCGGCUCGGAAUUGGUCCAGAAGUACGUUGGUGAAGGUGCCAGAAUGGUCAGAGAAUUGUUCGAAAUGGCCAGAACUAAGAAGGCUUGUAUCAUCUUCUUCGAUGAAGUUGAUGCUAUAGGUGGUGCUAGAUUCGACGACGGUGCUGGUGGUGACAACGAAGUUCAAAGAACCAUGUUGGAAUUGAUCACGCAAUUGGAUGGUUUCGAUCCAAGAGGUAACAUUAAGGUAAUGUUCGCUACUAAUAGACCAAACACUUUGGAUCCUGCAUUGUUAAGACCCGGAAGAAUAGAUCGUAAGGUGGAGUUCUCGUUGCCAGACUUGGAAGGACGUGCUAACAUCUUCCGUAUUCACUCCAAGACCAUGAGUUGUGAAAAGGACAUCAGAUGGGAGUUGAUCUCAAGAUUGUGUCCUAAUGCCACCGGUGCCGAGUUGAGAUCGGUUUGUACCGAGGCCGGUAUGUUUGCCAUCAGAGCCAGAAGAAAGGUGGCUAACGAAAAAGAUUUCUUGAAGGCUGUGGACAAGGUUAUCAAGGGUAACUUGAAAUUCAGCUCUACUAGCCAGUAUAUGCAAUAUAAUUAA